CAUGCAUGUGUGUGUGUGUGAGGGGCUUUCAGGAGCUCCUGUGUUCACUGGGGCAGGCUGUAGGGCUGCGUUACACCUCUCUCUCAUUCCAUCUCUCCCUCCAUCCAACCAUUCCUCUACACCACUUUUACUGGGUGGAAUUUUCGGGGCUGCGCACAUAGCCCCCAUCCCCCUUUGGAUUCCCUACCGUUUCUGUCCCGGCUUGAAGGAGAAGACAGGGGAGAGCGAGAGAAAGCAAGAGAAGAGAGGAUUUAGUGCUGAGGAGAGAGAGAGGGAGAGGAGAGAGGGAUCAUGACUGGACUCUCGGCUGUGUUGAAGAGCUGGGUCGUCCUGCAGACUCUGUGCCUGGCUCUGGCCCAAGUGAGCGGUCCUCCAGGACCUCAGGGCAAUCCCGGCCUGCCUGGGCCCUCUGGCACUCCCGGGUCCGAUGGCAUUGAUGGGGAGAAAGGACCUCCUGGUCCUCCUGGCCCAACAGGCUUGAAGGGGGAGCCAGGUGAACAUGGUCCAGAUGGAGCUCCAGGAGAGAACGGCAUUGACGGUUUGAUUGGAGCAAAGGGAGAUCGGGGUCCUGUCGGGAACCCUGGACCUAAGGGCCAGCCUGGGCCUGGUGGUGAACCUGGACCAACUGGACCCGGACUGCCUGGUCUGGCUGGAGCCCCGGGCCCAAUCGGCCUUCCCGGUAAAAUUGGACAGACUGGAUCUCAGGGCGUAUUGGGAGCACCUGGACCUCCAGGAAUUCCAGGACCCCCAGGAAAACCAGGACCUCCAGGGAAGUUCUUGGGAGGAGAGGAGGGCAGUGCAGACUUCCAGUGUCCAAUCAACUGCCCAGCAGGGCCUAAGGGUCCCCAGGGACUGCAGGGGGUCAAGGGACACAAAGGUCGUGCUGGUGUGCUGGGAGAGCCUGGCAGCAUUGGGAAACUCGGUACAAAGGGAGAGGUCGGCGUCUCUGGGGAACAGGGAAUCCCAGGACCCCCGGGUCCUAUGGGAUUGAGGGGUUACCCAGGAAUGAUGGGCCCCAAGGCAGAGGCGGGACCUCGUGGUUACAAGGGCAUCAACGGACCAGUUGGCCAACCUGGACCCCCAGGUGAGGAGGGACCCCAGGGACCACCUGGAGAGGCUGGGAAGAAAGGAGAUUUGGGUGGCCGAGGUAUCAAGGGCCCACAGGGAGCUGUUGGCAAGAAGGGAGAGAACGGUCUGCCUGGUAUUGAUGGAAAGGACGGCACUCCUGGCAUCCCUGGAAUCAAGGGUGCCCCAGGGCAGGCUGGGAGGCCUGGUGGUCCCGGUCACCAGGGAACAGCAGGUUUGCCUGGCAGCCCCGGAACCAAGGGUGGACCUGGAGGCAAGGGAGAGCCUGGUCCCAGAGGCCAUGUUGGAAUGUCUGGUGCCCCAGGACCUCAGGGUGAGCCUGGUCUUCCUGGUGAAGCUGGUAUGGAGGGUGUUCCUGGUCCUAAGGGUGACAGAGGCCAGAGGGGAGCUGUAGGGCCACAUGGUUUUGUCGGCAAGGCAAACUACAUCUUUCUUACUGUGCGCUGUGUCUCCUGCAGUCCUUGGCCAGAUCAAUAUAUUGUCUUUGCUCUUUAUUAUAAUGUAUUAUGUAUUUACUGUGUGACUUGUCUGUCUUCACAGGGAUUCCAAGGAAAAGUUGGGGCGAAGGGAGACUUUGGGGAUCCUGGUGUAGAAGGCUUGGCUGGGGAGAAAGGAGAGACGGGUUUGGGUGGUGAGCCUGGACCCAAAGGACAGCAAGGAGUGAGGGGAGAGCUAGGUUUCAACGGCCCCACAGGAGACUCAGGUAAACCAGGAGACCAGGGACCAGGAGGACUGCCCGGGCCUCGUGGCCUCAACGGAGAGAGAGGACUGCCAGGCAUGCCAGGAAUCGUGGGGGCAGCGGGACGGGAUGCAUCUGACCAGCACAUCAUUGAGGUGGUUCUGAAGAUGCUGCAAGAGCGUCUGGCGGCUGUAGCGGUGAGCGCUAGGCGUGCCGUACUGGGUGGAGCCGGUGUCAUGGGUCCCCCUGGUCCUCCUGGACCCCCAGGAGCUCCUGGUGGUCAGGGCCCACACGGCCUCACCGGCGCCCGUGGCAUCCCUGGAAUGUUUGGAGCCUCCGGCCAGAUUGGCAACACCGGACUGAAAGGAAAGAGAGGAGCAAAGGGAGACCGAGGAAAUUCUGGCAAACCACAUCCUGGCCAGCCAGGACCCCCUGGAAUACCAGGUCCUCCUGGUAUUGACGGCGUGGCUCGAAACGGUAAGCCUGGCGAGCGAGGCCCCCAGGGUUCGGCAGGAGAGGCUGGUCAUCCCGGUAAGGCGGGCCCCACUGGUCUUCCAGGGUUCUGUGAGGCUGCAGCCUGCCUAGCUGCCUCGGCCUACACCUCCCCCAGACUACAGGACUCCGCCAGGGUCAAGGGCCCCGGAGUCUAACAUGAGACCUCUCCAUCAAGAGCCUCACAACACCAGGAGGGAGAGAGAGAGACAGACAGAAGAGAGAGAGGAGGGAUAGAGGAGAGAGAAAGAGAGAGACCACUCUCCUUCAUUGGAUACCAUUGAUAGCGAGAAGUGGGGGCAAUACGAUCGUGAAUAAUGUUGUUCCCUGACCCCUAAACUGACGACCUUCAGUUCUACUGUUUAGAGACUCUGUUUGCAACACAUACCCGCCCACCCAUUUUAAAUCGCCAUGAUGACAGCCACUCACAGCCAAUAACACCCCUCUGAAUUUAUCAUCUCUGGUCAGGGAUUGGCAGAUGUAAAUGUCAGUCACGUCCAACUGCCCCACCCCCACCACAGAGGGAGAGAGAAUGAGAGAGAGACGUAGUGACAUCUGAAUAUCAUAUCCAGUGACAUUAUUGAUGAUGUCAUCAUCAGCCGUAACCCCUGGACUGGGAGGAGCAGAGAUAUACUUUGAGUCCAGUGAUUGGUGUUUUUGUUUUGUACCGUGGUCACUUUAAAUUGGAUUGAUUUAUUUCUGAAAUAUUAAUAUUUAAAUAUAUGUUUUGAAGCAAAUAAUGCAAGCAUAUGCCCACCUCCACUCCCCACCAAACAAGAAGUGCCUUACAAGUGUACACAAAGGUACCAAUAAAAUAUUAAAAUCAAAAUCCACACUCCAUACCGUACCUUUGGAAGGUGUAUUGCUAAACCUGUCACCUGUAUGCUUGAGUGAAAUAGUGAAACCUGAUUUUUUGCCUCACAUGUACAGUGCCACCCCCGUCUACUUUCGCCUCAUUUAGAAACAAAUGAUUUCUUUAGAUUUGAUCUCUUCCUGUAGUUGCCUGGCAACAGCAUAUCCUGAUGGGCACUCCCAUCUAUCUCCCAUAAUUCAGUGCUGUAAAUCUUUGUAAAUGUGUGUUGAUUUUAUGUAGAGAAAAAAAAGAGGAUGGGUUAGAAUAUGAACCGACCAAAACAACCCGUGUUAAUGAACUUAAUCAGCAAUAAAGUUUCAAAGUUCAAAUGACUGCUUUUCCAAACAGAUCAGUUACACAAAUCAAUAUUUAUAUGCCACUGUCAACUAACUUCCAUGGAGUCAAUCAAUGUCAACAUUCUAACAACACACAGAACUGAUUCUUUUCAUUAACAGAAGCGAUUCUAUUUGUUGUUCUUUAUAUGAUUAAUCUGUAAAGACUUAGGUUAGAUUUUUUCCCCUGGUUGUUCAGGUCAACCAAUUCCAUACCAAUAAAGAAGAACGUUUUGUAAAAACA